AUGGGUGGGCUGCUUCUUGUGAAUUGUGUUCACUUUAUGUGUAUUGCUGCGGAUCUACAUUACGUGAAGAUUACAGGAAGUGCUCAUGGAUUGGAUGUUGUAUUUUACAUAUUUCAGCUUAUGAGGGCUGUGAUUUUUUCCAUUGUGAUCGUGUUGAUUAGUGCAGGAUGGUUUUUCUGGAAGCCGUUUUUGAAACGAGAGGAAAAACUGGUUUUGAUGAUUGUGAUCGUCGUUGAGGUUUGGGCUAAUGUAGAUCCAAUAUUGCCAUGGGAAGCUGCUGUACCUUAUAAUAAACAAAGCGGGUCAUUUGCAGAUGUAAUCUACAUAUUUGCUAUUUUCUUCCCAAUGGCGUUGUCGAUUACGUCUUUGAAUAAGAUUUGUGAGACUGAUCUGAACGCUAAUAGGAAUGUGGUGAAGUUGUGGUUAUUUUUGAUGUCGACUAUUGUAUUUGUGCUCAUUACGAAGAUUCUUCUUCUUGCACUCCCUACACGGUGGGAGAUUAAUGUGGUAAAGGAAACCACCAUUUUUAUGUUCUGCAUGUUGAUGCUUUACAUUUUCAGGCCGGUUGAUAGGAAGAGGAUCGCAAAUUGUUUUGAUAGUCCUGUCUAG